UUCGAAACUUGCGCUUUGACUCGACCAGCACCAACGAACGCCUCGCGUCGCGGCCGCACCGCUGCCGCCAUGCCUCGCCAUGACGGCUCCGAGCGUCAACACCGUCUUUGCGCGAUCCUCUCACGAUAACUACAGCUCCGCCUUGCUCAAGGCCCUCCGCUCGCUUCCGAGCUCGCGCCGCGCGCCACGACGUGCUCUCGACGUUCGCCAUGCAGACGGGCACGCGCCCGCGCUUCGACGCCGACGGCAUGAAGGCGGCCUUCGGCUACGACGAGAUGAACCGCAGCACCUUCCUCGUCAUUGUGCUCAUGGCGAUCGCGCGGAUCGAGAAGGCCAUGGACAGCUUGGCUUCCGCACCGACGACGGUGGCCGCUCAAGCCGCCAUGAGCUCGACGCUUCACGGCGUCUCGUGGCCUCUCACCGCAGCGCCCAGCGGCAAGCUUGGUCACAUCGUCUCCGCUGACCGCAGCCUCGUGGUGGUGGCAUCGUUCGCGGCGCCGGACCGCAUCUCGCGCGACAAGGUGCCUGACCUUACGGGGUCGACCGGGUACUGGCACACACACGUCGUGUCGGUCAAGGUGGCCAAAACCGCACCACUGCCCAACGUGACUGUGCUCGAUGGCCCGCUUUGGUGCGUGCUGCUGCGUCACCUCGACGCGAUGACGGUCUCGGAGGAAGAGCUGCGGCCGUCAACGAUGUCGCCAGCGACAGCUUUUCUCACAAGGCGCCUCCGACGAACGUCGCCACAAUUAACGUCAAUCUUGACGUUUUCUCUUCAGCAAAUCACGAGUUGUAUGCUCCAUAUCGACUACAGUAGUUUCAAUUUGGAUAAGACAUUUUAAUGACACUCGUUUGACAAUUU